AGAUCUACCUGUAUGUGGUGUGUGUGUAGACCUUGGGAGUACGUGGGCUUUGAGAUGAUGCCUUCUCGUUUUCUCACAUCUCCAGGUGACGAUAAUGGGAAGAAAGCCAACAACCCCAACCACUGUAACUGCAUCAUAGACCAAAUCUUCACAGGUGGACUGCAGUCUGACGUCACUUGCCAAGUCUGCCACGGUGUUUCCACAACGAUAGAUCCGUUCUGGGACAUCAGUUUGGAUUUGCCCGGUUCCUCCACCCCGUUUUGGCCUCUGAGCCCCGGCAGCGACGGCAGCGUGGUCAAUGGGGAGAGCCACGUGACGGGAACCACCACCCUCACAGACUGCUUGCGAAGGUACAAACCGUGGCAGACGGAUGAGCGGGCCUUUGGAAGGGGAAUGCGGUUUGAACACUCAGCCAAACUGAGGCGAAAGAUUACUACAUAUGUCUCCUUUCCAUUGGAGUUGGACAUGACACCAUUUAUGGCUUCCAGUAAAGAGAGCAGAAUGAAUGGGCAGUAUCAGCAGCCAGCAGAUAGUCUAAACAACGAUAAUAAGUAUUCCUUGUUUGCAGUAGUUAAUCACCAGGGAACCCUGGAGAGCGGGCACUAUACCAGCUUCAUCCGGCAACACAAGGACCAGUGGUUCAAAUGUGACGAUGCCAUCAUCACCAAGGCUAGCAUUAAGGAUGUACUAGACAGUGAAGGCUAUUUGCUGUUCUAUCACAAACAGUUCCUGGAAUACGAGUAGCCUUACGCAGCAGCUCGGGAAAGAGAGAAGGAAUCCAAACGUAAGGAAGCAAAAGGAACGGCAGCCUUCUGAAAAGACACACAAACCUACCUGAAAUUUUUUUUAAACAGACACCCAUUCGACACCUCGCACUGACCUGUGGCCGGACCUGCUUGCCGCGGCUGCCUCUUGGCUUACGGGAGAUACAAACAAUGUGAGCGACGACGUCCCCCGCGCCUGCCGUCCUGCAGAGGGACCGGCGAGGGGGAAACCGCCAGGGUGACUACCGUCAGUGACUUUGAGAGAAGAACUACAAUAAUGCAAAAGAUGGCUCUGGGUGGGGGAAAGGGGGCUGAGCAGGUGGGGGGGGCAGACCCCCUUCUUUCGGCUCCUCUGGAAACGUGUGUGUGGGAAGGCGCCGGGAGGGGGGUGUCCUCUCAUCUCCAUAAGCAUCUUCUCGCAUUGGUGCUUCAGCUCCAACUUGACCAAUCAUACAACCGUUAUAAUUUUAACAAAACGAAAAAAAAACCCACACAAAACAAAACCCAAGCCCAUUUUUUUUUACACAUAUGGGUCGGAAAGCAGUGGAAAAAAAUGGAGAAGAAUUGGGACGACGCAAUGACAUGGACUUUGCAAGUACCUUUUUAUUUGUGAAUUUUAGUUAUUAAAUAAAUACAGUAUGAAAUGA